AUCAAUGUUAAUUCCAUUGCGACUCAAAACCCUUAAAAAAUUCCUCUGAGGAUUAUAAACCACCUCCCAAAAAUUCAAUCAGCCCAUCGACAUCCUUCUCCGGCCGCCAUCCACCACCGUCCAGAAACUUGCAGAGAGAAUGCAAAUUAAAAACUUUGAAGCCAUUUCUUUCAACAGAAUCCCAAACCCUAAUAAUACUAUUUCCACUUCGAAUACAAAACACAAGUUUGUAACUUUACCAUCAUGGGUCAGCUCAAGGUCUCAAUGUUUAUCUAUUAGAUGUGGAGUUAAGUUUCGCCCCUGUAUCGAUAUACACAAGGGGAAAGUAAAGCAGAUUGUUGGAUCUACCCUUUCGGAUAUAAAGGAAAGUGGGUCAACCCUUGUGACAAAUUUUGAGUCUGAUAAAUCGGCUGCAGAGUAUGCCACUAUGUAUAAAGAAGAUGGUCUUGUAGGUGGUCAUGUUAUCAUGCUUGGAGCAGAUCCUCUAAGUCAUGAAUCUGCAAUUGGCGCCCUACGUGCUUAUCCGGGUGGUCUGCAAGUCGGAGGAGGUAUUAAUUCAAGAAACGCCAUGAGUUACAUUGAAGAAGGAGCUAGUCAUGUCAUUAUCACAUCAUAUGUAUUCAACAAUGGAAAAAUGGACCAUGAGAGGCUUAAAGAACUACUUCACAUUGUUGGAAAAGAGAGGCUUGUCUUGGAUCUUAGUUGCAGAAAGAAGGAUGGUAAGUAUGCGAUCGUGACAGAUAGAUGGCAGAAGUUUAGUGAUGUAUAUCUUGAUGAGGGCAUACUAAAUUUUCUUGCCACAUAUGCUGAUGAAUUUUUGGUCCAUGGUGUUGAUGUUGAAGGUAAAAAACUUGGCAUUGAUGAAGAACUUGUGGAACUACUUGGCAGACACUCCCCGAUUCCUGUCACAUACGCUGGUGGUGUAACUGUGAUGGAUGAUUUGGAGAGGAUUAAAGUUUCAGGAAUGGGACGUGUUGAUGUGACCGUGGGUAGUGCUUUAGAUAUCUUUGGUGGCAAAUUGGCUUAUAAAGAUGUUAUAGAUUGGCAUUGCCAGCAAGAAGCCUUACCAUCUUAGCAAAUUUUUACAGAUAGACAUCUUUGCGAGUCUAUUUUUUGUUAAUUAAGAUCUGUCUGCGUUAAUUGAAUUAUCGAACUUGACCUCUACCAGAGUACGAGUUGUGUGGAAAGAAUGUGGGUUAUGUAUGAACUAGCUUAGGGGUUUUGUGAUGGCCUUGAAUCUGUGUGAUGGUAAUUGCCGAGGGGUGCUUUGGCAGCUGCAAUGAUUGAUUUAUGGCCGUUGUCUUUUGGUCUUAUGUUGUAUGGACAGUGUUCAAAAACCCGUCAAAAUGGGACAAUUCAACCAGCCAUUGUUAUUUUUCUUAUUUUGAAGUUCUAUAAAUAACUAGAGGAUAAUGUUACAAAACUGAAUCAGAUGAUUUCAUAAUUAUGCAGUGAAAUAUAGUUUGAUGGA